CAGGCCGGGGACGAGCUGACGUUCGGAGUGGACCCGGACAAGCUGCGGCUGGAGUGGCGGCCGCUGCUGCUCAGCUACUCGAGCCGCCUGGAGUCGCAGGACCUGGCCGCCUUCGAGGCGCAGGCGAGGGCCGCGGGCGUGUUCCUGACCCAGGACUGGGCCGAGGGGUGCACCCACCUGGUCGUCGAGCACGUCGCCAUCACGCCCAAGCUGCUCUGCUGCGUCGCCGACGGCGGCGUGCCGGUGUCCUCCUCGUUCCUGCGCGCGCUGUGGGAGGGGAGGGAGCCGCGCGACGCGCUGCCGGACGCGCGCCAGCACCGGCCAGCCGAGCCCCGGGGCGCGGACGCGGCGUACGCGGCGGAGCUGGACAGGUACCUGGCGGCGCCCCAGGCGCGCCGCGGCCUGCUGCGGGGCGUCUGGGUGGUCUUCGGCGCGCAGCAGGCCUCCGACCUGCUGGACCGCGCGCUGCAGCACGCCGGCGCGGAGGUGCGGCUGCUGUGCUCGGGCCCAGAGCAGUGCGCCAAGGCCGAGGGCCCUCCUCCUCAUCGUCGCCAGCAUCUUCUACGGCCG